GAUGGCAUGGCAGUGCAAAGUUAAAGUCCUCCCACAUGUCCCACAAUGUCACUUUCUUGGUGCAGAAAACUCCCCAAAAGCUUAUUUUUUAGACAUGCACGAUACGCAUCAACAACGUCCAAUGAAGGGGGUAUCCUUGUUGCAAAAGAUGAGGCUGAAAAAUAUGUUGAAAGAUGCAUGACAAGUGUUGGAACCAAACCUGAACAUGCAAAAAGUUUGGCAGAAGUCCUCAUCACUGGAGAUUACAGAAGUCAUUUCAGCCAUGGGUUGAAUAGACUUGAGAUGUAUGUAAAUGACAUCCAGUCCGGUAUUACAGUUUGUAACUUAGAGCCAGUUGUCCUGAAGCAGACAGCUGCUACAGCUUAUGUUGACGGACAGAACCUCCUUGGACCAGUGGUUGGAAACUUUUGCAUGGACAUUGCCAUCAAAAAGGCAAGAGAGGCAGGAAUAGGAUGGGUUGUGGCUAAAGGUUCAAAUCAUUAUGGUAUUUGUGGUUGGUACAGCAUCAGAUGUGCAGAUCAAGGCUUUCUGGGCAUGUCAUUUACCAACACAUCACCAUUGUCUGUCCCAACUCGAGCCAAGCAGGCUGUACUUGGAACAAAUCCGCUCACAUUAGCAGCACCAGCCAAAAAAGGCGACCCAUUUGUCCUGGAUAUGGCCACUUCUGCAGUUGCACUUGGAAAGAUUGAGUUGGCGGAUCGUAAGGAGAUGGACAUGCCGCUUGGAUGGGGCUGUGACUCUAAAGGGAGGAACACCACAGUGCCUAAAGAAGCUCUGGACGGAGGUGGUCUACUACCGCUCGGAGGCGUGGAAAAUACUUCUGGCUACAAGGGAUAUGGACUGGCAAUGAUGGUUGAAAUAUUCUGUGGUAUAUUAGCUGGUGCUGAGUAUGGCCCCAACAUCAGGAAGUGGAAGUCAAAUGAUCAAGUAGCCAAUUUGGGUCAAUCAUUUGUAGCAAUUGAUCCAGAUGCUUUUGCCCCAGGAUUCAAGGACAGGAUGGCUGAUUUCAUGGAGAUAUGCAGAGGACUAGAACCAGCUGAUGGUGAAACCGAGGUUCUUGUCGCUGGAGAUCCUGAGAGAAAACAUAUGGCAUUAUGUGAUAGAGAGGGAGGCAUUCGAUAUCACCCAAAUCAGAUCAAACAUGCUAUUGAGUUGGCAGCAAGAUUGGGCGUUGCACCCUUGCCGACAAAAGAUGGUUGAUAAAUAUCACUGGACUAAAUUCUUGAUUCUAUCACUGACUAUAGUAAGAUUGAUCAGGAAAUUGCUUUAAUCUGAUGAAUAUUUUGGCAAUUUACUUGUCUUUGUGUCCCAACUCACCCUGUAUUUGAUUGUAUUGCUUGUUAGUGUCUAACGAGAAUCUACAUGCAAGUGUCUUUUGAGAAUCUCAGUGUUCUCAGCAAAGCCUACCUUGGAAGAGCCACUCUACUUAGCUCUAAAGGGUUUAUUUAGGGCCACCCUACCUCAUAAUGCUGGCCACCCCACCCUGUGAAUGUGUUGCACGCUGGCAAAACUUCUUGAAUGUCAAGUGUACCACCCUAUACCUUGAGAAAACCCUGUUGAGAAUCCUUAAUCUACAUGCUCGCGUUUUUUGAGCAUCCAAGUGCAAGUGUCAAUUAAGAAUACAUGUAAGUGUUUAUUGAGAAUUUACAUAAAAGUGCCAAUUGAGAUUCCACAUGUAAAAUGUCUAUUGAAAAUCGACAUCUACUAGUCUAUUGAGAAUCCAAUGCAUUUUCUCUAUUGAGAAUCUACAUGUAAAAGUGCCUAUUGCGAUUCUACAUGUAAGUAUAUUUUCUGACUCUCAUAUUGAGUAUCUAUGCAAGUGUCUAUCGAGAAUCUAUAUGAAAGAGUUUAUUGAGAAUCGGCAUGUACAUGUAAUAGUCUGUUAAAAUCUACAUGUAAAUGUCUAUUGAGAAUCUACAUGUAAUUGUCGGUCAAGAAUCGACAUGUAAGUGUCGAUUGAAAAUCUGAAUGUAAGUCUAAAUAUCUUUUGAGACUCAAGUGUUGAGAAUCUAUGCAAAUGUCUAUCGAGAAUCUACAAUACAUGCCAGUGUCUAUUGAGAAUCCCCACGUACUUGUCUAUUGAGAGUCUACAUGUAAGUGUCUAUAAAGAAAAUAAUGCACGUGUCCAUUGAGAAUCUACCUGCAAGUUCUAUCGAGGAUUGUUGAGCAAGUGUGAUGUGCAAUGUUUGGUGCUAAUUAUUGUUUUGUGCUAAUUAUUGAUCAGUAUGAUGCAAUGGAAAUUUAGAUGUAAUUUUGCCAAAAUCGAGAACUUUUUCAUGAGCCACUAUUCUUCCCUGUGAUUAUAAUACUGGUCCUGGCUGGCCAAGUAGUUAGUGAGUUAUUUACUGUGUACACGCUAUUAAGCCAGUUAAAGGGCUCCUGUACGAAAGGCCUAUACUAUGUGUGAUAGGCCUAUGUGAAACAGACCCACCAAACCUGGCUUAAUAGUGUAUUCUCAGUAGAUCAUACCUGUAGAUGAUAGAUCUAUGGUAUCAGUCCUGAUGUACAGAAAUUGUUAUCUAUGUCUAAAAUUUAUGUUGGGGAACCUACCUCAAAUGAAUCUUUUUGCAUCCUAUCAGGGAUUUUCAAAACCUCACUCGACCACAACUGCUCCAGAAAAUAUUCUUAUUGGAGUUUUGUCGCUCAGGCAGCAUCCAAAUUUUGUGUGUUGAGUUUAAUAUGUUGUUACUUAUUUCAUAUGUUUUGGCGAGUUCGUUGUUGUAAUGAUGUUAGGAAUGAAUAAAACAAAUGCAACAUGAUGUAAAGAUUCAUUUCAGGUAGGUCUCGUAAAAAUUCAACAGAAAUGAGAGAGAUAUUGAAAUUUGUUUGUAAAUCUCAGAUGAUACUUCAGGUUGAUUUUUAACAUCUGAUUCAAAAUGUACAUCUCGUGCAGAAAUAUCAAGGCUUUAUGAAUAAAUUAUGUAAUGUAUUUUAGAAAU